UUUAUCAAGAGUUUCACCCUCUUCCGGAUCGAUGUACAAUCAAUCAAACCUUCUUCUUGUUGGUGACUUCCUACAUAAAUGCUCAAAUAGAAACUUCCUACAUUGAUAUUGAUAACAUGUUUUCAUAUCCAGGAAGUGAAAACCUACCUACAAAAGGUAGCUUGCAUGAUUGGUUAGAUCGGAUGUGACGUGAAAAGAGGGUUCACUUCUUUCUCUCCAACAAACCUGUCAAAGAAGAGACAAAUAGUCGCUCGUGGUAUAGCUACGUCGAAUAUCACAUAAACACAGCCAUGUCGCAACGGCAACAACGAAGCGCACCAGCGCCCUCACAAACACAAACCGAGACCCCGGCGCAAACACCAGAAACAAGAGAACAAGCACCACAGAUCCUGAGACUUCGAGGCGCUCAUGCGUCUAAUGGGCGAUCAGUACAGUGGGCAGAGGAUGUAGUAGAUAAUGAAGGUCUUGGACGCAAGAGCUCAAAAGUGUGUUGUAUCUACCAUAAACCGAAAGCGGUCGACGAAUCCAGCGAUGAGUCUUCCUCCGAUUCAGACUCAGAUUCAGACUCGGGCUCUGAUCGCGAUGGGGCACAACCAGCAGGCGGGAAGCGCCAGAGCUGUGGGCAUGGACAUGGACACAGUCAUGGACGUGGACGGAGAAGUGGGAAGGGAAAAGAGAAGAGGGCGCCGAGUCCGAAUGCGUACGAGAAGGUGCCCAAGCCUAAACCCAAAGAUGGACCGUCGGAAAACAAGUCAUAGAAUAACGAGGAAGCCGGACCAUCGAGUAAGAAGGGCAACGGGAAAUGAAUAUUUAUUCAUAAUGUUAUGAGCAUAGAGACUUACGGGUCGGGGCAUGUGCAUAUGAAGACUAUUGGUGACAUAGCGAUACCU